CGCGUAGCAGUGCCCAUCUGUGCGUGUGAGUGAGAGCAUCGCAUUGUCAUGGCAGAAAUCAAGUUUGAAGAACUACAAGAAGGAGUGAAGGCGAAGUGUUUCACUUUGAUUGAUUUGCGUAAGCCUGAAGAGUUGGCGGAGACGGGCAAGCUUCCAGGAGCGCACUGCUUGCCAGUACAAGAGCUUGAGGAGGCUCUCUCCCUCGACGGAGAAGCCUUCAGGCACAAAUAUGGAUUCACUAAGCCAGCCGCGAGCGGUGACGCCAAGCCGCUGGUGUGGUACUGUAGGUCGGGGCGGCGGGUGGGUGUAGCUCAGGAGACACUGGCGCGUCUGGGCUACACUGGGCACAGACUUUACUUCGGCUCGUUCCAAGACUGGAGCAGCAAUGGCGGCCCCGUGGACAAGUGCUGCUAAUAUGAAGAGAUAGAAACGAGAAUGUCUAACGACAUUGACAUCUCUGGGUGAAAGACAUCCGAUGUCAUAUCGAUAUCAUUAUCAGAGCAAAUUAAGAAUUACGCUUUAAUUUAUAUCUUAUGUGACAAAUUUAUGAUUUAAGUAGAAUCUUAGCUCGAAUGCGGUCGUCUUAAAUAUUUUACCAGAAAUCAUUAUGAUGUUCCGGUUAAUAUCAUUAACUGCAAGUUACUAAUCAUGUCAAUACGACCAUAUACGCUGCCAGAAAAUACCACGAGUACUCAAUUCUUCUAUAAAAUGAAAUAUAUACAAUAUAUUGAUGCGGCAGCUGAUAGGCCCGACAACAUUCCAAGGACCAUUUUCUCCUUGCAAUCCAUUGCUCUACACUGCAACUAUAACUAACGUGAAGCCAUCAGUUCCUGCAAGAAUGGGUCCGUUUACAGAGAAUAAAAUACUGCAUUGUUCUGUGACUAAUUACUUAUCCACUACAAAGAAGAUUGUUGAGAAAUUUUAGCUCUCAAGUCUCUGCACGUGGGCAAUGAAGAACAAGAAAAUUAUUACAGAUAAAUACUCUGGCCCUAGACUCUGAACGAAAGGAUCAAGCGGAAGAGAGUAUUCAAACAGCUGCAAAAUAUCCAUUCAAAUAGUUAACAUCCGUCCAUUAAAAUUUAUGCAUCA